AUGUGGUGCCUCCUCAUGAUGCUCUGCUCUCAAGGAAUUGCCUUUUCAGCAUCCGCUCUGAACUCAGACAAAAGCCAGUUCAGGAAGUCUCGUAACCCUGAAUCCUUUAUGAAUGUUAGUGAAAUUAUCAGAUAUCAUGGAUACCCCAGUGAGGAAUAUGAAGUUACCACAGAGGAUGGGGACCUUCUUUGUGUUUUCACAAUUGCUGGGAGGAACAGCCAAAGUACAGGACAAAAGCCUGUAGUCUUCCUACAGCAUGCUUUUCUAGGAGAUGCUACACACUGGAUUUCUAACCUGCCCAACAACAGCUUGGGCUUCAUCCUCGCAGAUGCUGGCUAUGACGUCUGGUUGGGAAACAGCCGAGGGAACACUUGGUCUUUAAAACACAAGACCCUUAAUCCCAGACAAAAAGCAUUCUGGCAGUUCAGCUUUGCUGAAAUGGGUAAAUAUGAUAUUCCAGCAGAGCUGUACUUCAUCAUGAAUAAAACUGGACAGAAGGAUGUAUAUUAUGUUGGUCACUCUGAAGGCACAACAUCAGGCUUCAUAGCAUUUUCUACAUACCCUGAGCUGGCUAAACGUGUGAAAAUAUUCUGUGCUCUGGGCCCAGUAAUCUCAUGCUCAUAUUCUACAAGCCCUCUGGUUAAGAUAACAAGUCUUCCUGAACCACUGCUCAGGUUACUAUUUGGCUGCAAAGGAACCAUGCACCAGAUUGGUUUUCUGAGAGGACCUGUGACACAGUUAUGUACAAGCCUGGAUAAGUUUUGUGGUCACAUACUCUGUUACCUAGCUGGAGGUAACAUAAAAAACCUGAACACGAGUCGAAUAGAUACAUAUGUAGGACAUUCUCCUGCUGGAACAUCAACACAGAACAUUAUUCACUGGCAUCAGAUAAGAUUGGCAGGCCAAUUGCAAGCCUAUGACUACGGCUCUAAGGAAAACAUGAAGAGAUACAACCAGUCUACUCCUCCUGCAUACAAGAUAGAGGAAAUAAGAACACCAAUUGCUGUCUGGACUGCUGGAGAGGACAAAUUUGCAGAUCCAAAAGAUGCAGCAAAGCUGCUCCCUCGGAUUAAAAAUCUCCUUUAUCAUGAGCAUUUUCCUUCUUGGGGUCAUCUUGAUUUCAUUUGGGGCCUUGAUGUAACUGAGAAAAUGUAUCAGAAAAUCAUUGAACUAAUGACAAAAUUCUAUUGA